GGAGAAUAAAACACGAGGAACCAGAAACACGGAGAAUAAAACACGAGGAACAAGGAGGUUUAUGAAAGAUAUCUUUAUCUAAAUGAUGGAUUAUGGUCUGAUGAAAAUGAAAGAAGAAAGACGAGAUCUGAAAGAGGUUGAGGAGAAAUAUCAGGAUCAGAAAGAUCAUGAUGUCAAUGGAGAAAAAUCAGCGAGUUGCAGCAUUAAAAACACAGAAGUCAAAAGGCCUUUCAGCUGCUCUCAGUGUGGAAAGAGUUUUACACAGAAAGGACAGCUUGAGAUACAUUUGGUAACUCACACUUCAGAAAAGCCUCUCAGCUGCUCUCAGUGUGGAAAGAGUUUUACACAUAAAUCAAGCCUUAAUAGGCACAUGUUAAUUCAUGCUGGAAUAAAGCCUUUCAGCUGCUCUCAGUGUGGAAAGACUUUUACACAGAAAACAAGCCUUGAGACGCACAUGUUAAUUCAUGCAGGAAUAAAGCCUUUCACCUGCUCUCAGUGUGGAAAGACUUUUACAAAGAAAGAACACCAUAAGACUCACAUGUUAAUUCAUUCUGGAAUACAGCCUUUCAGCUGCUCUGAGUGUGGAAAGAGUUUCACAAGUAAAGAAUACCUUACGACUCACAUGUUAAUUCAUUCUGGAAUACAGCCUUUCAGCUGCUCUGAGUGUGGAAAGAGUUUUACACAUAAAUCAAGUCUUAAGAGGCACAUGUUAAUUCAUGCUGGAAUAAAGCCUUUCAGAUGCUCUCAGUGUGGAAAGAGUUUUACACAGAAAACAAGCCUUGAGAAGCACAUGCUAAUUCAUGCAGGAAUAAAGCCUUUCACCUGCGCUCAGUGUGGAAAGAGUUUUACAAAAAAAGAAUACCAUAAGACUCACAUGUUAAUUCAUUCUGGAAUACAGCCUUUCAGCUGCUCUGAGUGUGGAAAGAGUUUCACAAGUAAAGGAUACCUUACGACUCACAUGUUAAUUCAUUCUGGAAUACAGCCUUUCAGCUGCUCUGAGUGUGGAAAUAGUUUCACAAGUAAAGGAUACCUUAUGACUCACAUGUUAAUACAUACUGGAAUAAAGCCUUUCACCUGCUCUCAGUGUGGAAAGGGUUUUACAUAUAAAUCAAGCCUUAAUAGGCAUAUGUUAAUUCAUGCUGGAAUAAAGCCUUUCAUCUGCUCUCAAUGUGGAAAGAGUUUCAAACACAAAGGACAACUUGAGAUUCAUUUGGUAACUCACACUUCAGAAAAAAAUUACUCCUGCUCUCAGUGUGAAAAGUGUUUUACAAAUAAAUCCAGUGUUAAGAGGCACAUGUUAAUUCAUAAUGAGUAAAAGUCUUUCACUUGCUCUCGGGUUUGGAAAGACUUUUACAUGGAAAGGACACUGCAAUGUUCAUUUGGUAACUCACUCUUCAUAUAAACCUUUCACCUUAAAGAGUUAAAGUAAUUUACUGUUUUUCUGAAUGGCGGGUGUUAUCUACUGAGUCACCUCAAGGAUGUGUCCUCUCUCCUUUAUUAUUUAUCUUGUACACAUUACAGUCAUUAUUAUAUUACUACACUGUUCAAAAAAAUUAAAGGAACACUUUUUAAUCCGAGUAUAGCAUCAAGUAAAUUAAACUUCUGGGAUAUUGAUCUAGUCAGUUACGUAGCAGAGGGAAUGGUUUUACAG